CUUUGCCGCUCUUCCUGCUGCUCCUGCUUAAAUCAAGCCCUCAAAGGACUUCUUGAUUCCUCCCAAGUCUAAGCCCUGCAGUUCCAAAAUAAGUAUCGGCCUCUGCCGAACCAACGCAAACACCCUUUGCACCUUUCGGUGCCGUAUUCGCACCACUACAAAUGCUGAAUCGCUGCUCCCGGUUACAGCGAGCGGACCUAAGGCGCGCCGGUGACAACUAAAUAAGAGGAACAGAUGCCAUCCAACCCGCCAGCAGAGAAAAUGCAGCAGCCGAACUGAACGGGGGCUAAGAGCGCCCAGUUACGCGUCCCCGUCACACAUCGCGCAACUAGGACACACACCGCCCUUUAGCACGCUAAGGGGCCCAAAGGGGCGGAGCUUCUCCGACCAGGACUCCCCUUCUUGUAGACGCAUUUGGAUGACGGAAAGCCGCUUGCGCAGCCACACGUGGAGGAAGAGGAGAAUUCGCGAGCCGGGCAAUGGGCAAGAACAAAGCAAAAGGACAGAAACAGAAGAAUGUAUUCCAUGUCGCCAACAAAAACAUCACGAAGGCAAAAAGUAAAGCAAAGCCGGUGACAACCAGUCUGAAAAAGAUCAAUAUAGUGAAUGAUGAAAAGGUUAAGAUGGUAAAUAAGAUAUUUACGGACGUUCAGAAAGAAGUCAAGCAGUUAUCCAAAGCCAUUUCAUCAGAUCCACCAAAGAGGCAUUUGAUUCCAAAGCUGCCAGAAAGAGAACCUACUAAUGUGGAUGCUGCUGCCAACUUACUGUCUCAGUUGUAGUAUUAAACAUGUGUACUCCAAUAUCCCAUUUCCUGGUACAUCACUAAUCAACACUUUUGUAUACUUUUUAUUUUAAAAAUCUUGUUAAUGUACAAGCAUUGGCACUCUUUUAAUAAAAUCUACAAAUACAGUUUUCCUAAAUCU